AUGAACUCGCCAGCUGUCGCCGAGAGAGUGGUGGCACGAAUCGCUGCAGAUGUGGAGCUUGCUGACGUGGCAGACGGGCCUCCGGGAGGGAGUGAGGAGGAUGAGAGGGAGGAGGUGAUAUGGUGGGAUUUGGAGGAGGGGAGUGUGGCAAUGGAGAGGGAGGAGGAGGAGGAGGAGGAGGAGGAGGAGGAGGAGGAGGAGGAGGAGGAGGAGGAGAAGGAGGAGGAGGAGGAGGAGGAGGAGGAGGAGGAGGAGGAGGAGGAGGAGGAGGAGGAGGAGGAGGAGGAGGAGUGGGAGGAGGGACGGCCAGGGAGCGAGAUGGAAACUGCUGCCGCUCGCACUGCUGUUGAAACUGUUGCUCUUAAUGCCACUCCUGGUGUCACUGCUGCUGCUGCUGCUGCUGCUGUUGCUGUUGCUGUUGUUGGCAGUGCUGCUGAUCGUGCUGGGUUUGCUAUCAGCGUUAUUCAAGGCAGCAUUAGUCAGCUUAUUCUCAGGCCCGGAGUGGUAGGAGGGAGAUGGAGAGAGGGGGAAGGAGAGAAGGAGAGGGAGAUGAUGGGAGGGGGGGACAUACUGGGGGAAACUGCAUUGGCAGCAAGCAACCAUAACAUAGACUCACCUGCUAGUGCCGCCGCCACAGGUGCUUCAGUGUUACCAGCAGAGCUAGCACUUGCUGCUGGUGGUUUCUCCUCUGAGACGCCUUAG